AUGGAUAAGGGUCUUGCAAGUUGGUUGCUUAAACUGAUCGAAAUCAUAAAGUAUGAAAAACUACAAAAAACUCCGAUCGACUUCUAGCUGUUCACCCUGUCGAACCCCACCGAGGGCACCAAGAUCACAGCCAGCAGCAAUUCCAUUAAGAACUCCAAUUUCAAUGCCAAUAACCCAACCAGAUUUAUUAUCCACGGCUGGCUCCAAGACGGCUCAUCUGACAUGAACACGAAUAUUCGCGACGCCUUGCUGAGCAAUGGUGACUACAACGUCAUCGUCGUAGAAUGGCCUAGUGCAAAAAACUGGUUUUAUGCUACCCCAGUUGUGGCUGUAGCCAUCGUGGGCAUAAAGGUCGCCGACAUGGUGAACUAUCUUGUCUCCGACCAUGGAUUGAAAUUUGACACUCUGCACGUCAUCGGACACAGCCUGGGUGCCCAUGUGGAAGUGCACACCAUCAUCGGUCUGGACCCCGCUCGACCAUUUUUCAGCUACAUUCAACCCGGCAAUCGUAUAUCCUCUGACGAUGCCUACUACGUAGAGUCCAUUCAGACCAACGGCG